AUGGUGUUUUUAUCUGCUUUUAGCCGGCAAUAUCUUUGCAGAAGGGAGAUGUGCUGUUUGGCAUUUUUACCCAAAUUAGGUUCUUGGGCAUCGCUCGCGGCGCAGCGACAUGUGCACGACUCAUCGACGUAUCCUCCAUCCUCCUCGUUAGCGUCCUCCCUUUUGAACGACCAAUCAACCAAAAAAAGCGGCGAUCGCGUCGAGGAGGCUCCUCUUUCUUCUUCUCCUCCUCCUCCGGGAGUCCCCACCGCGUCGGAUACCGAACCCUCACAGGAGGCCCCCGGUUUGGCGAGCGGUUUUACGUCUCCAUGGAGUUCCAUCGCUUGUACUCAGGAGAGCGACGCGAAGAAGUUGAGGCGGAUGUCCAUUACAAUCCGCAGCACCCCUUCCCGCCCGCAUUCCUGGCAACUUCAACCUCCCCAUGAGGGACGUUUUUCUCUUUCGCCGUCUUCCACGCCGUGCGCCUCCGCUUCGGACAGAAAUGAUCCCCCACGCGCCGAUUCUUCCUUUUCCCUCACCCAAGAGGAGUCUUUUGAGAUGAGUAGCCUGGCCAACCCGUUGGGGGUCACGGAGGAGUUAAGGUCCUUUGUCGAGCCCGUCAAGCGGAUUAUCUUCAUUCGAACCGGGUUAAGCGAAGCCAACGAGGAUGUCAAUCGCUAUAUUGAAUCCCCGGAUUGGAGUAUUCCGCUUUUGGAGGAGGGAAAACGACAGUCCACCCGGGCGGGGUGUAAACUCGCGUCGAUUAUCGGCGAAGAUCCGAUUUAUUUUUAUUUCUCCCCGUAUAUUCGCUCACGCCAAACGUUGCGGUUUGUUUUGGAAGGCUACGACGCGGCGACGCGUUCACGCGGGGAGGGGCAGUGUUAUACGUGGUGGGAGGCCCCUGAAGGGGCACUUUCCCACGACUGUGCGGAGCCGACCACUUCGACUUUCUCUUCUUCUUGUUCCUUUUCUUCUUCCUCAUCCCUUUCUGGGUUUUCUUCUUCUUACGGGCGCCAGAUUGUCGGGAUGUCCGAGGAUGUUCGUCUUCGGGAUGGGGAUAUUGGACGGUAUAAAACAGCGGAGGAAUUUCAUUUUCACCUGCGCGAGGCCGAGACCUACGGGCGUUUUUUUUAUCGUUUUCCUUUUGGCGAAAGCGGGGCCGACGUCUGCGAUCGCGUGACGAGUUUCCUCGACGCCUUUCAGCGCGAGCGCGCGCGGCUGCCGAUGGACACCAACGUCGUGAUCAUCACCCAUGGGCUCACGCUGGAGAUGCUCAUUAAACGGUGGUUUCACCUCACUGUAGAUACUUUUCACAAAAUGCGAGCCCCGCCGUCGGGGUCGAUUUCGAUUUUAACCCGACUUCACCACCAGAGUCGAUACCGAUUAAACGAAAAAAGCCUCGAGAUGAUGCAGUUGCCUUUUUCGCUCAACGAGCAUAACGGGUAUAAAUAUCGAAAUAAGCGUUUGUUGGGAUCGCUCAGCUCCGGUGCGCCUUAUAUGUAG